AUGACCAUGACAACGACAAUCCAUGAACACAACCACAGCCAUGACUAUAACCACAACUAUAAUCACAACCACUACAACCACUAUCAUGACCAUGACCACGACCAUAAGGAGUAUAACUCUGAGCAGCUUGCUGGGGUCCUCAACCCUGACCUGUAUAAGCUCCCAGAGGACAACAGUGGUGGCCACCUCUUGGAUAGCUGCCAGGGGCAGCUCUGAUUCUCCCUGGAAUACCAGCAGGAAGCCGAGAGGCUGGUGGUGGGCUUGAUUAAGGCACAGCAGCUGUGGGUCCCCUUGGAAACCUCAGAGCCCUGGGCAAAGCUGCACCUGCAGCUGGAUGCCAUGCUUGUGCAAUCUAAUACCAACUGCAAAUCUGCCAACCCCCAGUUACAUGAACACUUCGUAUUCCAAGUACAGGGGUCCAGCAGGAGCAUCACCCAGAGGGUGCUCAAGUUCUCCUCGUAGCACAUGCACAGGCAGAAGCAGCAGCUCCUGGGCCAGGUGCUGCUCCCACUAAAGCAGGCCCUGGCAGGUGACUGCCUCUACGCCAUCUGGAGAGACCUGGAGGCUGAGAGCCUGUAUGGCCACCAGCUGUAUGCCGGUCCACGAUGGCUGCCUGGGCUGCUUGGACUGCCUGUGCUCCUUCUGCAUGUCAGAGGCCUAUGCUGCAGGGAGAUGGGGAUCUUGUCAUCUGGCCACGCCCUCUGCCCUCAGCGGCUGGUUUUAUCAGAACUGGGGGGCCCGAGAGGCUUGGUUUGGGCACACUGCCUUCCCAGUCAGGCCUUCCAGGAACCAUGGGGGCUGGGUCCUUGCCCAGGGGUGUGCCCUUGUCCCUCUCUGGUGAACCACAACAAAUUAGUCAAGUACAAGAAUAUUUUGGCUGUACCAGGUUCCAUGAAAAGUGUGCACAAUGAGACUUUCAGCUUUCAGGCCAGUCUCAGACUGACUGUGUUGCAGAGUGUGCAGGGGAGGAAGAGCCGCCUGCCAGGCCCUGUGGUGAUGGGCCCCUACAUGCAUACCAGCGUCAGAGAGCUAGGACACUGGGAUGCCCAAGGAGCUGCUGAUGUGCUGGCACACCCCAUGCCACACCACCGAGGCCUGACGCCGCUCCAGGACUGUGUGCCAGUCCUUGCCCAUGUGCACACUGCAGCCCCCCACCCAGAGAUGCCUCUGCCAACACGUCACUGA